UUACUGUUGUCAAACAGUGUGGCAUGUAAACAACUCGUAGCAAAAACUUGUUUUUUACGUUCCGGAUGGUCCAGGAUAGGAUAAAACUCGAAAACCCAAUGUAGGACACUUAUGAACGUUUGCAUUAGCAUUAGACGUCUUAAAACCGAUAGCCUGAAUCAUGGAUGCGGCUGAGUAUCACUUUUGGCUGCAAAUCGAAAAACUAGUGGGACCGGUUCCAGAGAACAUUAAGCUGUUGUUGCAGUUCUCCUGUUUCUGCAACUCGUCCAUCGCGGAUCUCGAUGACGAGCUAAUAGAUCAGAUCGAGCAGGAAGCCAGAACGAUUCCGACGGUGCUGCGGAUUGCUACCAACGAGAAACUUAUAAAGAAGUAUUUUGGUGUUUACUGUCACACUCCUAACGAAUUCCGUUUCCGAUCGGGCGAGCGGAGAAUGUUGAAAAACAUUUCCGUUGCGGUGAGAAAAAAAGGUUUGGAUAGCUUCAUUCAGUCAUUACGAACAAUCCAGCAUCACACGGAGGCGAGACCGGCCGUUAGUGUGAUGUUGCAGAAUUACGAUCCCCAGACGCUUAGGCAAAUGCUUCGCGAGAAGGUGCUAAAUGCGUUGAACAACAAUCACGCGGAGAUUCUACCAGACUAUCUGAAAGUCAUCCAAGAUAAUUUGGACAUACAAAUUGUCAACGAGCAAGGCACCCCGGAUGCGUACGUGUUCUGUCCACUGUGUAGCACAAAAGCUAAAUUGUCCAAGGAUCGUACCGGUAGCAUUAUUGUAUCCAAUUACACUCUUCAUGUGCGCAAAUAUCACGGGUUCGGACCGCUCAGUCAGGGGGUAAAACGAAAAGUGGACGAAUACGGGAUGUCCGAAUAUAUUCCAGAGCACAUGCUAGAUCAAAUCAUCAAAGAGGAACCAGAUUCUCGUGGGUACGAACAAGGUGCCUCUACUCCGUACUAUCCGAUAUAGGAAAUAAGUGUGCAUUCGACGAUCGAGCGAUUUUAAAGCAUAUAUAUGAAAGUAACGCGAGAUUAUAUGCUGGGAAUGUAGGUGUAACAUUCCAAAUAUAAUGGAAUUAUUUAAGAAUGAAUGUUAAGUAAGUGCAAUACGUUCGAAUAUUGUGUGUGUGUAGUUUUAAUCGAUUGCUUCCAAUGUUUAUUCUAAUGUCCUGGAAGAUGAUUCAAUAAAUACGAAAAGAUUGACCUUUCAUGUA